CAAUAAUAUCUCACCAUUAAGAUAAUUGUUUGUCUUCCCAUUCAUGAUAUUACUUUUAUUACCCCAGAUGUGAUUUUAAUGAUCUGCAACCUGCGUUGCCUACCCGGAAGGUUUUCUAAGAAUAUAACCUAGUAAAGUCUUCUUAAUGAAAAUGAAGCACAAAACUGCAUUUUUCGUGCGCUACAACGAGUGAAAUGAGCUGACAAUACAUAAAACCAAACCAUAAAACAACAGGCUUCCAAACUAUGCCGGCAAAAUGGUCCCUCAACUAAAGAAACUGAAAAUUUUCAAAUUAAUCCUUUGCUUGGUGUUUGUUUACAUUUCUUGUCUGUGCAUUAAGACGUUGUUCAACCACGCCAGUGAAGAGUGCGUGCCCGAGGAACCGAUUGAUGUCGUUUACACUUGGGUGAAUGGUUCAGACCCUUUGUUUUUGAAUAAUUUGAAACUAACUGGCAAUUUGUCGGAGUACGCGUAUCAAUUGAAUGCCAAACGUUACGACGAUAAGUACGAGCUGAAGUUUUCCCUGAGGUCAUUGGAGAAGUUUGCCCCAUGGGUAAACCAUGUGUACAUCGUAACCAACGGUCAAAUUCCGUAUUGGCUUAACUUGGAUUACAAGAAGGUGUCCAUAGUCACGCACAAGGAAAUAUUUCGUAGCUCCCACAAUUUACCGUCAUUUUCUAGUCCGGCCAUUGAGAGCAACCUACACAGGAUACCUGGCCUUUCGAAAAAAUUCAUUUACUUCAACGACGACAUUUUCCUGGGACGAAAGACUUACCGGGAGGAUUUCUACACCAAGAAUGGAGGGUACCAAAUCUACUUGUCCUACCCCAUUAGGAAGUGUUCUGAGGAGUGUUACUGGUCGUUUGUGGGUGAUGGAGAGUGUGACCGGGCCUGUUACAAGCCCAAGUGUCAAAUGGAUGGUGGUGACUGUGACUUCCAGCCACCCACAGCAGAGAAUUCUGAAGACGACGAAGAUGACGGCUUCAGUUCUUUAAAUAACAGUCGCAAAUACACCCUACUUGAACAACACUACAAAAAAAUCAGGGCACAAAUGAUGAAAGGGUUUAAUUCCACCACCAAUGAGUACAAAAAUGAAACCAGUGUUACAACUCUUCCCUCCACAACCACCAAAUACAGCAUUAAACGUUUACUGUUUGAAAAGCAGGGGGGUGUUGUUAAGGCUGUUGUUGAGUCCCACAAUAGGAAAAUUAUAAAGCAAUCGAAAAGGAGGAGCAAAAAGUACACAGUGCAAAAUUCGAAUGGGCAGGACACUUACAGCGAAUCUCUUCAACACACCCACAGGGUUUUUAACUCAAAAUACGGGUUUAAACCCAGAAAUGUACCCGCCCAUGCCCCAAUACUGAUUGACAAGGAUAUUAUGAGUGAUUUGCAGAGGGUGUUCAGCAAAGAAUUCUUUAGGACUGAGAUGAAUAAAAUCAGAGGCGUGGAUGAUAUGCAGUUCGGCUUCAGCUACUACUACUUUCUGAUGAACGAAAUGAACAAUCGGACGAUCGGACAAAUCUUCGACAUUAUUGAUACAGACGGAUCAGGGACGUGGAGCGAUAGAGAAAUUAGGACGUUGCUGACCAAAAUCUACGAGCUGCCCUUAAGCUACGGAAUCGUCGAUCAUUUCGAGACGAUGCUUUUAAAUUGCACCGAAAAGCUACAAGUACCUGAUGUAACAGUACCUCCCUUCGAAAGGUACAUCGACUCACGACUGCCCACCAUUUCGAAGGAACUGAUCACGCGAUGUCCGGAAAUAUCGAAAAUCCUGAGCCAACGAUUCGGGGAAGUCAACAAAUACCGAUACACGAUAGUGAAUCACGCCGAUACGGACCACGUGGCCUUCGUCAUGCUGCACUCGAACGUUACGGAAGUGGUGACGCACCUGGACGAGAUCCGCAAACGUCCAAAGAAGUUCAUCUGUCUGAACGACGACCUGAGUUGGAAGCAGAAGGAGGAGAACGAGCUAGUCAAGUCGAUACUCUACGAUUUUUACCUGUCCCUGUUUCCGCAUCCCAGCAAGUUCGAGCUGGCCGAGGAUUUCAGGAACAAGUUCACGUACACGGACGAGUUGGAACGUUGGAAGCGGCACAAUUUUUACGUGAACGUUGCCAUUUUGUGUGCCAUUUGCGUUCUGGUUUAUUUGAGCUGUUUGAACGCGUGUAAAAAGUUGCUGUGUAAUUAUGUUAAUAAAAUGUUUUGUUAAUAAAUUUUUUGG